CGGGCCAACUAGUAACUACUACGUGUGGACUUGCUGUCGUGCCCCGCCGACAACGCACCCUGCCAUGUCUCGUGCUCUCUUUGUUCCCGAAAUUCUCUCUGAGGUCAUCAGCUACAUCAACGUCAACACAUUUUACAAAAUCGAGUCACGAAUGACCUUGCUCGCCCUUGCUCUAACUUGUCGCUAUUCUCGGAGCAGGCAUUGGAUGCUCUCUGGGAAUCUAUUACGGGCAUCUAUCCCGUCAUGCAAUGUGCUGGGAUUGUAGUACCAGGCACACUGACUAGUUGCAACGACUCGGAAGACUGCCGCAUUGUCCCAACAGAGUCCCAGUUGUCCAUUAUCGAUCGCUACGCACAUCGCGUCCGGUUUUUGGAUAUGAUGUGGUAUGACUGGGAGUCGCAUCUUGUCCAAUCCUUUUUACAAACUCUCGCCUACUCCUCGAAGGUCCUGAUGCCAAACCUACGAUGUCUUAGUGGUGCAUUUAUGUUGCAUCUGCUGCGCCCCCUACCUGGCCCGCGUCUGCAGGAUAUCACUAUUGACAGCGUCUUCAAAUCUGGGAAGGACAACUUUUCAGAGAGGACUGCGUUGCACGUGGCCUUACAGACUUUGUAUUCAUGCUGUCCUUCCCUGGAAAAAUUUCGUUUUGGCACCUAUGAUCACUUGAUGUGUAGCAGGAUAAUUACAUGGGAUGCGCACACUGCUAGGGCAGCUUCGCAUUCCAUUGAAAAAUUGCAGAAGCUGCGUACAGUCGCUGUACCGGCCAUCACCAAGGAUGCCCUGGCGUACCUGGGUUGCCUUUCAUGUCUGAUCAGCCUGGAGACACAUCUGCCCACCGGAAGUGAUUUCGAAGAUGUCUUCAGGUCAUCCCGCACCCCCCUUCCCUUCAGGAACCUUCGGAGUAUUGUUUGGGACAUUGACGACUGGGCACAUGUUGAAGUUUUUACACGUAUUUGGUCUCAUAGACUCACCGAGUUGUCACUUCGAUCCAAGGUCCACUUCGAUCCAGGCCUUCUGGAGAUAGUGCUUGAGUCGUUCCACACGCGUGAAGCUUUCAAGUAUCUGCAGUCCAUACGCUUCAGCGAACUCUCUCUGUGUCCACUCACAACCACCAUAAUUAUCACGAUCAACACCAUACGUCCGCUCUUCCACCUCAAUCACCUUCGAGUUGUUUAUUUCGAUACGAGAUCCUCUAUUUGGGUUGACAACAAUGACUUGAAGAAAGUGGCCGAAGCCUGGCCUUGUCUGGAGGAGUUUUCUCUCAACGAUACAUAUGGGUGUCAUAAUCCCGCGCCAGGGGUCACACUACCUGGCCUCGUUGAAUUCAUCGAGCUAUGCCCUCACUUGACAACACUCUGCAUUGGAACUAUUACACUCGCUGGUGUGGAUAUGCCACUGGAUGAGGACUUUCACAUGGAUAACUUCGAACCGUGCCGCUCGAGUGUUCUAGAACUUGUCGUGGCGAGAUAUCCCUACACUCAAGAACGCCGCAGUGGUUCUACGUGGGAUCACCGUUUAACGUAUUUUUUCGAAUCACUUUUCAGGCUUCGCCACAUGUACACUUAUCGAUAUCCCUUGAUAGUGAGAUACCAUAGCGAAUGGUACUUAUUAUUGACUCGUUCCACCGUUACUCACUUGCGCUGCCACUUUUCAUCAGUAUGACGUUCUAUAUUGUCUCCAUCAAUAUUCAGAAUCUAGAUCUUUGUCGGGGUAUCACUUUGGCCGAUUACAG